AAAACCGGAAGAAAACAUCCGGUCGCCAGCUUUGGUCAGAUUAGCUUAGUUUAAGCGUCGUGCAUUGAUAACAGUAAUGAGAAUCAAGAGUGGACAUGAGUUCUGUCAUGUUGUGCUCACUGUAGGGAUCCGCUCGGUUUACUACCAAGGAAUAUAAAGCUCAUUGACGUUCCUUCGGUGCGAGGGUUGAAAUAAGGUGUGAAUGAGUGACGUGGUGCCUCCCACAGCUCUCAGUGAAGUCCAGCUACGAUUCCUGUGCCACGAUGACAUAAACAGUGUCAAACUGCUCUGUGGUGAUUGGUUCCCAAUCGAGUACCCAGACUCAUGGUACCAGGACAUCACCUCGAACAAAAAGUUCUUCUCCCUUGCUGCCACCUUCAGAGGAGGCAUUGUGGGAAUGAUAGUGGCCGAGAUCAAAAGUCGGACCAAAGUGCAUAAAGAGGAUGGAGAUGUCCUUGCUUCUAGUUUUCCUGUGGACACACAGGUAGCCUACAUCCUCAGCCUGGGAGUGGUCAAAGAGUUCAGGAAACAUGGCAUAGGCUCCUUACUGCUGGACAGUCUGAAGGAGCACAUUUCUACAACAGCCCAGGACCACUGCAAAGCAAUCUACCUGCAUGUUCUCACCACCAAUAACACUGCCAUCCAUUUCUAUGAGAACAGGGACUUCAAGCAACACCACUACCUGCCCUACUACUACUCCAUACGUGGCGUCCUGAAAGAUGGAUUCACAUACGUCCUCUAUAUCAACGGGGGUCAUCCCCCUUGGACAAUAUUUGAUUAUAUCCAGCACAUUGGUUCAGCCCUAGCCAACCUGAGUCCCUGCUCUAUCCCACAGAGAUUGUAUCGACAGGCCCAGUCUCUGCUGCGAUCUCUGCUACCGUGGUCCAACAUCGCCUCCAAGACUGGCAUACAGUACAGCCGAACAAUGUGACGCGUCGCAGGUUUUGAUCUCCUUCCGCAUCACCGCUAAACUUAUUUUUUCUCAACUUCUUGUGCUUUCUCCCCAAGUGAUCUGUACUCUUCAGUCUUUCCCAAUACAGAUAUACAUUCACAUCCUCAGCAUGUUGCGUAUGACAUAGAUUCUGGGUUCGUUUAUUUAAGCCCUCACCUGAUUCAGUGCAUGUUUGACACGGCACGGAAUCUGUCUCUUUGCGUGCGCUGCUAAAGAUGGUGGUGGUUACAGUGCAGCGAUAUCAAAAGUGCAAUGUUGAGUUACAAAGACUGGGCAAAUGCAGAGAAAACCUUUGUCGUCAGUUAUUCUUUCCCGUCACUACUACCUAUACCAUUCCCUGCGUGCGAUAUUAGAUUGUGUUUAGCCCAAUGUAUCAAAACAGAGCAGAGGCUGAGCAGAAGUCAUUUUUCUUGUGUGGAAGGGAUUUUAAACUCGCUGUACACUGGAGUUGACUACAGUGGUUCAAAACGUACUUAUAUUUCUGACUCACUUCAUCCAUUUCUUUCACUUGUGUGUCUACGUUUGGUAUAUUAUAUAUACUAAGGUAAUAGAUUUAUUAUACUGCAUAAUGUACUGAGUGUAUUAUAUUAUUAUACAUUUUUAAAUAAGUACACUUUGCCUGCGUGACUGGAUAUAAUAUGAGUCCAUGACAAAUUGUGACAUAGGGACCCAGGAACAAAUCGCAUUUGACUGUGAAUCUAGCAGCGCUCUUAGGGCUUGUAGUGUAGAAUAUAGACUUUUUGUAUAAUUUAUUGGGAACAAUGAAACAAUGCAGAUUGGCGAAUAUUUUAGUAUCACUGAUGUGUCAAAUGCUGUUCCCUUUUUCAUCAUGAAUGAGAUUUAUUUUCUUUGUGCAAUAAUUAAAUGUACUGUAUUUGUCACGUCAGCGCCGAACACAGACGAACACAUUUUAGCUUGGCACUAGAGUUGGAAUAGGCCGCAACACAAUGUUUACAGGCGUUUUGCGUUGCACAGUGCAGUUUUAAAGUCUUAUCUGGCGAUUCAUUCUUUCAAAACUAGCAAUUUAAUCCAUACAAGAAGGGCACAGUUGCUCAAGUCCUAUUUUAAACGUUUGGAAAAUAACGAUGCAGUUGGUCACUCCCUUGUCUGUUAAGUUGCUGCUAAGGUAAAUGAAUGACCACUUUGUUUGUCAAUAUUUAACCAUGAUUUUUGUUUGAUUUAAACAUAUGUUUGAUAAAGAGAUCAUGUAUAAACAAUGCUCCUAAAAUAGAAAUAUGUGACCUGGCACGGCAAAAUGAGUUUGGUGGUUUGUGCGAAGAUAAGAACAAGCUAAUGCUUUUUAUUACGGAAAAUCUUUAUAUCCUCCCUUCCUAAUUUCAGCUCAUCAUAAUGUAGAAUUGUUAACUAAUUGUCCGCCAUUGUUGGCGCUAGACGCCUAAUCCAUUCUGACGUCUUGGUUAAGUACCAUUAACAAAAUGCAAUUUUUUAACAUUUUGUGACAUUCAUUUUAUGACAAUGGGACUUUUAAUGAAUAAAGAAGAUGUUACCAAUGCAAAAGAAUUUCAUCUAUUGAAACAUCAUUUUGACUAAUCUCCGCCAACUCAUUUUGCUAAACCUGGUCAGAUAUUUGUUACAUUUGUGUGUGUGAAAGGUUAGGAAUUAGCACGUAUAAGUGCCAAAUGUUGGCUCUAAUUCAGCCAACCCGUUGGAUCCCUCCACUCUGAUUGUGGCUUGUCACACAUCAUGGAACAGUGACUGUGAAACGUGUUGUUCAAAAGUGUGAAUUUCAAAAGAACAUUUCAAACAAUUUGUAUGCAAUACAAUUUUCCUUGGAUUGUAACAACUUUAUGACUUUUUUUUUUGUUUGUUUUGUCUUUGAUAACAUUGGUUCGGACAUUCAUUCAAUUCAUUUUAAUCUUAAAUACUGUUUUGAAAAGACUGAAUCACAAACAAAAAGAUUAUAUUCAAACACCUAUUUUACAUUUUGCUUGUCUUCAUAAUGGUAACAGGUGAGCAGGCAUCUCUCCCAGCUGACUUUGGGAGAGAGGUGGGAUACAACCUGGAUUAGCCAUCAGUAGAGCUGUGCAAAAUAUUAACGAUUUAUCGGUAAAUUGCUAUAUGAAGUGACAUGGUACACAUUGCAAUACAAUGUUUGGUUUCCAAUAUAUUGUGUAAAUAUCUUUUUGAGAAAUGCAUAAUUGUUAGAGCUGUACAAUGGUUAGAAAUUUUAAUCGUGAUUAAUCACAGAUUUAUGAUGAUAAAUCGCAUUCGGUACAAUGAAUGCAAAAGUAAUAAUUAGGAGACUUAUUUUAAAUGUACUGCCAUACUAAUGAAAUAAUCAAUUUUAACUCAUUGGCUGCCAUUGACGGUGAUAGGCAGUAAAAGAACAGAUGUUCAUUUGCUGACACCCCUACCAAUUCAAAUGGAUUGGAUGUCUUCUAAUGACAAACCUAUUUAAAAAAAAAAAAAAAAAAAAAACAAUCGGAUUUGUGUCACGGUCAAUGGCACUUAAAGAAUGUAUUCUUAACCUGCCGUUUUCGUACACUGAUUAAAUCUAGGCUAAGUGGCUUUUCAGACCAGGUUUAGGACUAGUUUGCUCUUAAUUUACAGGUGUAUUCCUUUCUGCUAGCCCUCAAUCUGAUGGGAGGAGGAACUGGUUUGCUCAGUGGAAGGUUGACCCGCACUUGGUAUGCGGGAAUACAACAGACCAGUGGGCAGCGUGGUCUCAAAUUUUGACCCGUUUAUAAAACAGGCUGUCAAAAUGCGAAGAAUUUCGAACGGGAAUUUGCUAAAUUAUUAGUUUGAUAGCUUGGAUUUAUCAGUUUUGAAUUAAUUUUGAGAAAAAAAAAACAAGAUUUAUUAUUGAAUUCCUAAGGGUUCGGUGAAUCCACAUGAGAAACUUGUGGUGUUCGGGACCUUUAGCAAGGUUAUUAACAACUGGUCUAGAUGGGAACAUUUUCCCUACCACUAGGGAUCAGUGCUGCAUUCCAAAUGGCACAAUACGGCCUCGUCGUGUACUACCAAUGCUAACACUGUAAAAUCAGCAAAUAGUUGCACUUAAAAUAAAAAAAUGGCAGUAUUUGACUUAAGAACACUAUUAACCAGUGUCUCCAGACUUCACCUUUUUUGCCUUUCAUACUACAGAAUCAAGCAACUUCCCCCUACUAGCUCAUAAAAUCAUAACCAAGUUCCACUUUAAAUAACGUCUAUUUAUUAGACAUAGUAAAUUGUGGUGAGAACAUGACUAAUCCCCCCCUCCAAAUGUGUGGUUGUUUCACUGGCUCAAUUAAGGUUGAAAAACAAUUAUUUAGUGGACAUAUUGUACUUUUAUUAUUUUGUGGUUUGGACAUAAUGUCACAAAAUACCACAAAUUGCAUGUACAGACAAAAUCAGUA